UAGGUUUCAGAUCACAAGCCACUAGGUUGUUGGUCAGUUAAACAUGGGCAGAUUAUCACGUGUCCAGUUGUGUGCAACUUUGAAACUCACGAAUAUAUAGCUGUUCAUAAUGACAAGGUUUUAAGAAUAUGGAAGAACAAAGAUAUUAACUUGGACAAAGUAUUUAAAGCAACGCUUUCAGCUGAUGUAUACAGAAUACACUCACUCCCCAAUGGAGGGCCAGUGGUACUAUUCAAAGGAGGUGGUGUUCGAACUUUAGAUGUCCUUUUGGAAGCCCCACAACAAAAAAUUGAAAACGUUAUCUCAGACGAAGUCAUCAAGUGGAGUGAAGCUUUUACGGAAGGUCAAUAUCCUGUCUUAAUUUUCGCUACUGAGAAAGAUGGGGAUUUUUUUGUCUACGUACAGAAACUUAAGAUGAAUAGUCUACACAAAUACAAGCUUGAACAACAGGAAUUAUCUAAACCGCUGAAUUUCACGGCAUAUAUAAAAAAUCACAUAAUCACACUUCUGUGUCUGUAUUCCAAUGACUCCGUGUACAAGGUUCUGAUACCUCUGCAUCAAAAUACUGAAGAGGAAGAGCAAAUUUUGUCCAAAUCACUGCUGCUAAACCUUUCGGUAUCUGGAAGUGUUCUGAAAGGAACUUCUUUCGUCGUUGUUGAUAAAGACCACAUCGCAGUAUUAGGAAGUCUGGCUGCAUCUGGUGAAGAAUCCAAAGAGUGCCUAACAAUAUGGAAUACAAAAUUUCAGACAUUGCAAACUUUAAAGGAACUGCCCCUGGGAACCAGUGGACAAUUGUGGUGCUAUGAGGAAAAAUUUUUUUUUACUCACGGGAAAGUGCUAACAGUGAUUAUGUACAAGUGUGAAACAUCAUCUUUGGCAGCUGCUGUGGGAAAGCUCAAGGACAGUCAAACCCCUGACGUGUCCCCAUUUGUAAACUGGAAUACCCUUGGAGAUGAAGAGCUGGUGGUUUCCCUUCAGUCACAGCAGUCUGUAGCUCUAAAAUCUGAGUCCGGAAUGACCUUAAGAUCAAAAAGGAACACUGCUGAAGUACAGCCAGAUACCUUAUCAGUUGGGCAGCUCUUACUAAAUCUAAAAGACGCUUCUACAACUGUAUUGGAAGAUGAAUUGAGACAACUGAUGUCAAAAGCACAGAUGCCAGAUUUCCAAGCCACCAUUGGAUGUGUAAUAACUGCCCUUAUAAACAGAUGUAAAACAAAUCCAAAUUACUACCCUCGAAAUUUCCUGCUACAGAUAGUCCAAACGCGAGACUUGUCUUACAGUUUAUGUCCAGAUUUAAUGGCUGUUGCUUUGGAGAAAAAAGAUGUGCAUCUCUUACAAAUCUGCCUACAACGGUUUCCAGAUAUUCCUGAAGAAAUUACUUACGCUUGCUUGAAAGUAUUUUUAAGCAUUAGUGAAGCCUAUCUUCAAAGAAUAGAUGUGAAUCUAGAAUCUGUAAUCUGUUACAUUGAUAUUGAAUUCAACGAUAAAGAAGUUAAGACUGAAAUUGUAGAAAAUGGUUUCAAUGCAGAGCUGGAACAAGACAUCUGGGAUACUGAAUUCACAAAGGAAACCCAUCUGAUGGCUGAUGGUGAAUUCUGCCCUGUUGGACCACAGAAGGCAGCAUUAUUAAAUGCUGUUCUCCAUUCGGCUUACAGUGACACAUUUCUUUUGCCUCAUCUGAAAAACCUUCCAGCACAGCAAGCUGUUCUAUUUCUCAGGUAUUUAUACUACUUGUAUGUGAAAUGCAGUGAAAAAAUUAAUACCACUCUUCCUGGAAUACGCUCUCCAACUAUAAAUCAGAUUAUGGAUUGGAUGUGCCUAUUACUUGAUGCUCACUUCACAGUUAUGGUGAUGCUACCAGAAGCAAAAAAGUUGCUUUCAAGUCUGCAUAAGUUUGUGAGAGCCCAAGUACGAUUCUACUCUGAACUCAACAAGAUUGAAGGAAGUUUGCGAGAAUUACAAAGACUUAACCACCAGAAAGACUGUCAGACAUAUUCUAUUGAAGUGCUGGAACUUAUUUGAAUUUGAAAUGAAUUAUUAACGAAUUUAUUUUUUAUUGAUUCCUUUUACGACGAGGAUGUAUUAGCACUCCAUAUUGGGGAUGUGAAAAGUUGUUUUCUACAUAGGAGGAGCACGGUUACUCUGUAGCUACAUGGGAGUUGUAAGUUUGAAACUCGUGUAUUAAAAGCUCUUUUUGACU